AAAGUGUUAGUGCCAAGUGCUGGGGUGAAGCAAGGCUGAGGAAGGAGGCGGGACUAAACAGGAACCCCGCCUCCCCAUUUCCACCCCGAGGGUCUCCCUGCGCGUGUCGCCUUCGAACUCCCGCGUACCUAGACGAGCCUGUAGCCCGCUGUUCCCCACUUCCCCAGCGGCUUCGAGCUCGGCGCCCCGGGUUCGCGCCGACGCGGGCACGCGCCCGGCUCGCUAAGCGCUUCGGGCGCACGCGCCGAUUGAGGCUCUCGGGUGGGGCGGGCAGAUAUCCCCCCUAGAGGGGUCGGGUUGAAUACACCGGAGCUCCUGCCCCCUUGGCCCCGGAGGUGAUUCUCUGCCCGGCCCCCCGGGGCCUUGCUGAGGUGGGAAGUGGGGGAAGCAGCGGCGGUGGCGGAUACGUGGAGAGCGGGGGAAGAGCGCGGCGGCUGAGGAGGAGGAGGGGAAAAAGAAAAGGUCCUCUUUCCUCUUGUCAGACCCCCGGGGCGUCCCGGACGCGGAGCCCAGAGCCGGGAGGCUACCGAAGCGAAAGCGACCGCGGGGGAGGGGUGAGAUCAACUUAUCUAACCCCACUUGGGACCCAUUCUCUCCUCUCUCAUCCUCUUCCUCAUCUGCCACAUCAUGGCACUGGCAAAAUAAUCUGCCUGGGGGAAAAAGACAGACAAAGGAGACAUGAACUUCUGCAGUCAAGCUUCCUGACAAGAAGUUGAUGUAUAGAAGGACAGAGCUGACAGGAACCAGUGAGCAAAAUUUCUGACAACUGUAGCCGUCUUUUCAUCCUUGAAAUUUGCCAUCUACAAUCACAGUUUCAUAUUGUUUACCUUCAAGUUGAAGACAAGAUCAAAUUCUACAGACCUCAUCCAAGGCAAGGGGGUAUUUUUCUGCUGUCUUGUGGAAAGCAAAGAAACUACAAUGUCUAAGAAACAAAAUCAAAAGGAUCAAAUGAUAUUACAUUCACAACUGAGGUAAUGUAAGAAUGAAAUGCAAAGGGGUCUCAUCCUGAAGCCUUGCUUUGAAGAUCCAUCAGGAUUCAUUUUUGAUUUGCAGUCCAAUACUGUGCUGGCCCAGGGAGGAACCUUUGAGAACAUGAAAAAGAAGAUCAAUGCAGUACGUGCGAUAGUCCCCAAUCGGAGUAACAAUGAAAUCAUCCUCGUCUUGCAGCAUUUUGAUAACUGUGUGGACAAAACGGUGCAAGCAUUCAUGGAAGGCAAUGCCAGUGAAGUACUAAAAGAAUGGACAAUAACAGGCAAGAAAAAGAACAAAAAGAAGAAAAGCAAACCAAAACCUGCAGCAGAAGCAAGUAACAAUCUACCAGACACAAAUAAGCUGCCAUCCACUCAAGAGGAGCAGUCUGUAGCUUCUUUGGAUAAAGGUGGGAUUAAUGGUUACCAUGUAAAUGGUGCAGCUAAUGAUACGGAGUCUGUGGACUCUCUCAGUGAAGGCUUGGAGAUACUUUCAAUAGAUGCCAGAGAAUUGGAAGAGUCUGAAUCUGGCACACCAGACAUGUCUGAUAGAACAGUGUUAGUGCUGGAGAAUGGUGUUUCUGAUUUUGAGUCCAAGUCUCUGAGCGUGAAUGCCACUCAGACUUCUUCUCAACAGUCUCUGAAACAUGAAACCAGGAAUUCUACCAAAUCUCUCUCUAGACCCACCCCAGGCACUCAGUUUUCAAACCUGGGCUCUUUCUCCACAAUAGAAGACCUUCCGCUCUCCUCUACUAACAAAAAACUAGGUUCCAAUAUUGAAAAAUCCGUCAAAGACCUACAGCGUUGUACAGUAUCUCUUGCACGGUAUCGGGUUGUGGUUAAAGAAGAAAUGUAUUCUUCCAUUAAGAAAAUGAAGCAAGCCUUUGCUGAGCUUCAGAGUUGCCUAAUGGACCGGGAAGUGGCAUUACUAGCCGAAAUGGACAAAGUAAAAGCUGAAGCAAUGGAAAUAUUGCUCAGCCGACAAAAAAAAGCUGAGAUGCUCAAGAAGAUGACUGAUGUGGCUGUUCGAAUGUCAGAGGAACAAUUGGUAGAGCUUAGAGCUGACAUCAAGCACUUUGUUAGUGAACGUAAAUAUGAUGAGGAUCUCGGACGGGUAGCCCAGUUCACAUGUGAUAUUGACACGCUGAAGAUGAGCAUUGAUUCAUUUGGACAAGUGUCCCAUCCAAAGAACAGCUACUCAACCAGAUCCCGGUGUAGCUCAGUUACAUCUGUGUCGUUGAGCAGCCCCGAUGAUACAACUGUUCCGUCCAGUUCCACCUGUGCCUCUGCUCCUAGCCUUACAAACGCCAACAAGAAAAACCCACCGACAGGAGAGAUGCCUCCUGCUGUAGCAAAUCCCAGCAGCCGGUCCUACCAGCCUCAUAGAGAGGUGUUGCAGGGGAAUAGGAGAGGAGGGCAAGGAUACCGUCCCCAAGGCCAGAGGUCUAAUGGCCCCAUGAACCAAGGGCGACAUGACAACAUGGGCCGUUACCGAAAUGGCUCAUGGUAUCAGAAUGGGUCCAGAUAUCAGAAUGCUCCACAGUCUCCAGGAAACACAAAUGAUCGAGAGCAGACCCACUCAGCAGGGACCCAUGGAACUGGAACCAUCGUGGAGCCAAGCCAGGCCAGCCCCUCAUCCAAAAAGGGGCGUUCAGGCCCAAACACCGCUGAAAAUAAGGGGCUCCCUCAGCGCAAACCCAGGGCCUGCCAGCCUGAAGCAGUGAACUCCUGAGGGGGAUCCCAUUAGGCUUCUUCCUUUAAUGCAAUUCAAAUUGAUAACUGGACUAUAGGAAACAUGUAGUUAGGUUUAAUAACAAAGAGAAGUUUACAUUUAUCAUUUUUGUGCCACUCUAAAUAUUUUUGUCUCUUCCCAUUCCCUGUUCACUUUUUUCAGAAGGGAGGCUGUUUUCUCCCUUGUCUUAUCAAGUAAGAUGGAUCAGUCUACUUGGUCAUUUUCAACCGGGAUCAGAGGCAGCUGUUGUUAAGUCUGCCUAAGGCAAGAAAUCCCCUUGCCCAACACCCCAUGCCUUCUCAAUUCUCUUUAGAGGCCUGAAUCACUGAUUCCACUUUGGGGGCUGGAUUCAUGAGGGGUCUAGUCAGACCUUGCCCUAUUGUCUUUCUAGUCCAGGCAGAUGCCACAAAUACCUCCCAGGGUGGGAACACUUUAUUGGUUGGAAGAAGAAUUUCAGGCACAUUUGGGAUUCCGCUUCUGUUUCCAGUGUGUGCUGGAGAAUCAAAUUGGGUUUUCUAUCUUGCUUGGCACUAUAACCUAGCCUGCAAUCUCUUUUCCAAAAAAGUGAAAGCCUUUCUUCCUGUGAUCUUAAACAAAAAGCCAGGAGGCUGGUGGGAAGUCAUACAAGUAAAGAGAAAAGAAAAAAAAGUUUCCAUGUUUUAAUGGGGGUGGGAAUCUUUUUUUCUCCACCUCCUAAAUUUCAUUCUGAUCCUGAACUAAAUUUAUAGCAGCAUAAUUAGCAGUGCUAAUACAAGGUGUUACCCGUCAAAAAAUUACUACUGUCACUCUUUAUAGUUGUAUAAAUAAAAACAAUCGCAUAAAUGUUCUCACAUUUGGUGCUUCACAGCA